GGGCGUGGCCCCAGCGCCGCCCGUCGCCGCGGGCCGGGCCGGGCCGGUCGCCGCCGCCGCCAUCGCCGCCAUGGCCUGCGGCGUCUCGGUCGCCGAGUGUCUGCGCGAGUGGGAGGAGCUGCAGGACGGCUACCAGCGCAUCCAGGAUAACCACAAGCUGUACAAGCAGAAACUCGAGGAGCUGACCAAGCUCCAGGAUGGCAUCUCCAGCUCCAUUGCUCGGCAGAAGAAGCGGCUGAAGGAGCUGUCGCUCGCCCUCAAAAGAUGCAAAACCGAGGCCACUCCCGAGCAGACCGUGUCCAUCCAAGAGACCCAGAGCCUGAUUAAAGAGAGGCAGAACGUUUUCUUUGAGAUGGARGCCUACCUGCCAAAGAAGAACGGGUUGUACCUGAGUCUGGUGCUCGGCAACGUGAACGUGACGCUGCUCAGCAAACAGGCCAAGUUUGCAUACAAAGAUGAGUACGAGAAGUUCAAGCUCUACCUCACCAUCAUCCUACUCAUUGUCUCCUCCUCCUGUCGGUUCCUYUUCAACUCCAGGGUGACAGACGCCGUCUUUAACUUCCUGCUGGUGUGGUACUACUGCACCCUCACCAUCCGUGAGAGCAUCCUGAUCAACAACGGCUCCAAAAUCAAAGGCUGGUGGGUUCUCCAUCACUACAUCUCCACCUUCCUCUCAGGUGUCAUGCUGACAUGGCCAGAUGGGCUCAUGUACCAGAUGUUCAGGAACCAGUUCCUCUCCUUCUCCAUGUACCAGAGCUUUGUGCAGUUCCUGCAGUACUACUACCAGAGCGGCUGCUUGUACCGGCUGCGAGCGCUGGGAGAGAGGCACAACAUGGAUCUGACCGUGGAGGGCUUCCAGUCYUGGAUGUGGAGAGGCCUCACCUUCCUGCUUCCCUUCCUCUUCUUUGGGCAGUUCUGGCAGCUCUACAACGCCAUCACCCUGUUCCGCAUGCUCCAGCACCCCGAGUGCAAGGAGUGGCAGGUCCUCAUGUGCGGCCUCCCCUUCUUCAUCCUCUUCCUGGGGAACUUCUUCACCACCCUCCGCGUGGUCCACCAGAAGAUUCAGAACAAGAACAAGGACACGAAGGAGAAUUGAAUUGGGGCAAUGUGGGGGCCUGGACUGUUUAUCCCCCCCGGCUCCAUUCCCUAUUCCCAUCUCAUCA